AUGCUUUUUACCACUCUCGUUUUUGCCGCAAGCUGUGGCCUGGCUGCAGCCCACGGUGGCGAUGGACUGCCACUGCCCAACAUAAUGGCAGGCAGAGGUGCAAUGCAAGACUUCACCUCGGCCCGCCGCCAGAUUCAGCGUCGCGCUGCACACGUCGAGCCCGUCCGUGAGGCUUCGGAGCUCGAGAAGCGCCAGUCUGUGGGCCGUUGCGGUCCCAACUUCAACAAUCAGGUCUGCGAUUCCGGAUACUGCUGUUCCAGCGCAGGUUGGUGUGGGCAAGGGUACCUCUACUGUUCAGCGCCAUCGUGCAUGAUCGAGUAUGGUCCCGCGUGUGAUGCCAACAUCCGUCCCGACGGACCGGAUACGGCGAAUAUUGCUCGUCCCAAGAUAGGCGCCGUUCCGUAUGGCAAGGCCAUCUACCACUGUGAACGGUACGGUGAUAUCGCUCUCACUUUCGAUGAUGGCCCGUACAUCUACACCGAAGAUCUCUUGAACAAGCUCAAGGUAUACAAUGCCAAGGCCACCUUCUACAUCACGGGUAACAACCUGGGCAAGGGCAAGAUCAAUGACCCGGCCACCAAGUGGCCUGCUCUCAUCAAGCGCAUGGUUGCCGAAGGCCAUCAGAUCGCCAGCCACACCUGGUCGCACCAGAGACUCACCACUGUGAGCGCCGAUAAGUUCCGCAACCAGAUGAUCUACAAUGAGAUUGCUUUUGCCGACCUUCUGGGUUACUUCCCGACUUACAUGAGACCUCCUUACUCGGCCUGCGAUGCCACCUGUGAAGGUUAUUUGAACGACCUUGGGUACCACAUCACCUACUUCAACCUCGACACUGAGGGCUACUUGCAUGACAGCGCCAACUUGAUCGAGAGCUCCAAGGACAUCUGGGACAGCAAGGUUGAGGGCAAGUCACCCGCCAACAACAAGUGGCUACACAUCGAGCAUGACCCUGUCUACCAGACCGUCUACAACCUGACCGACCACAUGCUUGAAUCCCUCUUCCGCAACGGUUUCCGGUCCGUCACCGUCGGUGACUGCCUCAACGACCCCAAGGAGAACUGGUAUCGCUCCGUCGGUAACGCACCGCCUGCUAGCAGUACCCGUGCCUCCACCCUCGCCGCCGGCACCACCACCACCACCACCCCCUCCACCUCUACCACAUCCGCCUUGUCCACUCCUACGGGCAGCCUCACUCCUUCCAAGGACGGUCGCUGCGGACCCAAGUUCGCCGACACAACCUGCAUCAACGAGCCCGGCGCGACCUGCUGCUCUGCCGCCGGCUGGUGCGGAAACACUGCUGACCACUGCGGCGCUGCCUGCCAGCCCCUCUACGGAAACUGCCAGAUCUCGUCGGCCAAGGCCUCGACCUCGAGCGUCCGUGCCAGCUCUGCGUCGACGUCCCGCGCGCCGUCUGCGUCGUCUUCUACCCAGGCACCAGUCCCCUCCUCCUCCCGCACAAGCACCUCGGCAGGGGCUUCCGGCACGCCGGUGUCUCCGCCCUUGAGCACCAAUGGCCGCUGCGGUACUACGCAAGGAGGUACUACGUGCAUCAAAGAGCCCGGCGCGACGUGCUGCUCCAAGUACGGCUGGUGCGGCGCCACCGCGGAUCAUUGCGGCGCAGGAUGCCAGGCUGGUUUCGGUACCUGCAGCGCGUCCAAAUAA